GCGUUCACUGCUUAAAACGAAGCAUUUUCUCCGAAUUUCACACUUUUCUUGGAAAAUAUUUGAGAGAAGAGGGACAUUUUCCCAGCAAAGUGAUUUUAAUUCCAAUCGUAACGCCUUCGACAUGAGUGAAGGCACAGCGACCAUUAGAACGAGAAAGUUCCUAACAAACCGCUUGCUGCAACGCAAGCAAAUGGUUGUAGAUAUCAUCCACCCAGGACGUGCAAAUGUACCAAAAACAGAAAUCCGCGAGAAACUAGCAAAAAUGUACAAGACAACAGCUGAUGUGAUCUUUUGUUUUGGUUUCAAAACACAGUUUGGUGGUGGACGAAGUACCGGCUUUGCGCUUAUUUAUGAUAAUUUAGACAUUGCUAAAAAGACUGAACCCAAAUACAGAUUAGUCAGACAUGGUUUGAUGGAAAAAGCAAAAACAGCUCGUAAGCAGCUGAAGGAAAAGAAAAACAGAAUGAAAAAGGUCAGAGGCACGAAGAAAGCCAAAGUAGGAACUGGCAAAAAGUAAUGGAUGCUUCUCAGCCAAGAAUACUUUUGAUUGUUCUGAAAUAAAAUUUAAAAAUUAAA